CUAGUGCUAUACAGUUUUUGUCAGCCCCAGUCAUGUCUUUUUCAAAACCUGUCGUGAAGAGAAAAAUUGGCGAUGAGCACAGACAACUUCAGGAGAAGUGGGAGACGGAAUAUUUUUUUGUUGAGCACAGGGGCAUCCCAACGUGUCUAAUAUGCAUGGAUAAAGUUGCGGUGCACAAGGAGUAUAACAUCAGACGUCAUUACUCAACUAAACAUGCUGAGGAGUAUGGAAAAUACCUGGGAGAUGAGCGAGAGGACCGGGUCACCAAACUUAAAACAUGUCUACUGAGGCAACAAGAUUUUUUCAAAAAAGCAAGCAAAGAGAGUGAAGCGGCUAUCAAAGCUAGCUACGUGGUGAGUGAGAUGAUUGCUAAAGCAGGGAAUGGAUUCAGGCACAACAUUCAGUGGUGAGAAGUAUGCUGAUACCAUUGGAAAGCUACAGGAAGAAUUUGAUCAGAGGUUUGCAGACUUCAAGACACACAGAGCCACUUUUCAGAUUUUUGCUGACCCCUUCUCCUUUGAUGUGGAGGAUGCCCCACCUGUCCUGCAGAUGGAGCUAAUUGACCUGCAGUGCAAUACUGACCUCAAAGCCAAGUUCAGGGAGGUGAGUGGAAAAACAGUGGAGCUUGGACAAUUUUUGAGAAAACUGCCCCCCACCUUCCCUGAGCUUUCCAGGAUGUUCAAGCGGACCAUGUGCCUUUUUGGCAGCACCUAUCUGUGUGAAAAGCUCUUCUCCACAAUGAACUUCAAUAAGUCAAAGUUCAGGUCCAGACUUAAAGAUGAGCACCUUAAAGCCAUACUGAGGGUCUCAGUUGCCUCCUCCCUCAAGCCAAAUGUGGCUCAGCUGUGUGAGAGGAAGCGCUGCCAAGUCUCUGGCAGCAAGGAUUAGGAAGAAGUAAAUGAAGCCUAUGUUCUGAAG